UGCCCCUCUAUCCUUCGUGCUUAAUCCCUUACUAGCUUACCUUUACCCUUUGACAUACUCAACUCUGGCAGCUGAGUACGUUUUAUAAUCAUCCAUGGCAUCCACAACCGAACUCGCAUCCUCCUUCAUCGAGGGUGCCCCGCCCGGCGAGCUCGCGGACGUUGUCGCAGACGUCAAGGCUCUCACCUCCGACGGUCCCGACAUCAUCCCCUCCCUCGCACCGGCCUUUGAGCGCUACAAUGAGACACAACUGGCGACCGUGAAGCUUCCCGGUGCGAGCCAGGAGGUCCUGAUCAGCGAAUACAACAAGCUCGAGGGAAACCGGUACUUCGAUGUGGAAAGUCAGACGUCGUUUGAGGUGGACCAUGUCACGCAGGAAGCAUCGGCAGCACAGUCAUACGUCCUGGAGUCUCAGAAUGCGGAUUUGAUCAAAUCUCUCCUCAAGUCCCUCUCCGCACACGCCACCGAACACUACCGCACCUGCAGCUACGGCGUGUACCCGAUCGAGGACGACACCGCCGUGGCCAUUGUUCUCGUUGCGAACCGCUACUCGCCUAAUAACUUCUGGAACGGUCGCUUCCGCGCCAUCUACACUCUCCCCGUGAACUCCUCUUCGACCACCAUCUCCGGCCAGAUCAAGGUCGAUGUGCACUACUAUGAAGACGGCAACGUGGCUCUCAACACCAACAAGCCGGUGAAUCUGUCAGUGCAAUCCGUGGAUGCCAGUGCCAUCAUUUCGCGGAUCGCAGCUGCGGAGCGGGAUUACCAGGAGGAGUUGAACCGGGCGUUUGUUAGCACGGCCGAGGGAGUAUUCAAGGGGCUGCGGAGACAGUUGCCGAUCACACGGCAGAAGGUUGAGUGGGAGAAGGUCGGAGGAUACCGGCUGGGACAGGAUAUUGCUGGAGACUGCAUACCCCCGCACAUAUAUACCCCCAGAGCAAUAGAAAGAAAGCAGAAUGUUAGACCACUUAUACCGCUUUACACGCACGACGCCAGGCCUCGAAAAGACCCUUCGUCUGGUCCAAUCCCUCUGCUCCAUUUCGCGGUUCAACGUCGCCAAGACACACACGACGCUUCCUCCGCUUCUUCAACUUUAUCGACUGCUUCAACCGGGCGUUUGCCUUGCUGGGCAGCCCUUCUUCCGCUCAUGUUACACGCAACAUCCAUCUACCCAAACCCCUACAACAAAGCCAUAUUAAUAGAAGCGAAUAAAUUCUGGUUCUAUGCGCUGGGGUUUUCUAUUUUGGGGGCUGCUUAUGAUAUUACCUUCUCUUCGGCGUCGUCUGCAUCUAAGACGAAGGAUGAGAAGGAGAAGAAAGAAGCUCCUUCUAUCAACCGCUUCUCGCUCCUGAAGAGGAUGCUCUGUGUUGAUGCUUGUGAUCUGCUCAUCCCUGGUACCUUUUUGGGGUGGAUUGAAAUGGGUCAGUUGGGGGUUGGCGUUGGGAUGGUGGUUAGUACCCUUGUUUCGGGGUGGGAUAUGUGGAAUGCUGUUUGA